AUGAAUACGAUUUUCAAAAGAAACUCGUCUGCCUCAUCGUCAUCAACAGUAAAUGAUCCAGUAAGCGAUUUAUACAAAGCCUGUUGUGAUGGUGAUGAGGAUCUAGUACGAGGCUUAUUGGCAUCUCUUCAAUAUAAUGAUGUGAAUCGUCGUGAAUCGAAUGGAAGUACUGCAUUACACGCAGCAACAUCUUUUGGAUACGCUAACAUAGUUCGAAUUCUUCUCGAUUUUCAUGUCGACCGCCGCCAACGAAAUUGUAAUGGGUUAACAGCUUAUCAAGAAGCACGAACAGAUGAAAUUCGUCUACUUUUUCAUCGACCAAUUCGAGAACGUCAACGAUUUUAUGAUGAUCAAUCUUCGCCAUUUGAGUUCAUCAAUAAAACUAAUCCGAAUGAAGCGCAUGAAGAGAUGCCCUCAGGAUGGAUCAAUAGGUUAGAAACAGAUCGAAAGAUUACUCAAUAUCGACAAAUGUUAUCAAUGUCAAAAUAUAUAUAUAGUUCAGAAUGGGGUCAAAAGUACAUUGCAUUCUAUACUCGAUUCAUCGAUCGAAACAGCACAAUAAGUCCACAAUAUUUUAUUCGUCAACUUGAACAGCUCAUUAAUGAAACUUUUCCAACUGAUUCCGCACAAUAUUCAGUAGUCCAUGCAUUGUUCGAUGAAUACAAGCGAACAGAACGGCCUGAACCACUUUUAACUCUCUAUUCACUUAAUUCACCUUUUUAUACUCGUAUGACAGAGAGUAUAGAUAACUCGAGUUUUCUCAUAUUUAAUAUUUGGAAACAUUUGAAAUCUCUGACGCCACGCUUUUUUCGAGGAACAUCUUACCGAGGCUUGUCAAUAACUCGAGAUGAUCUUCGAACAUAUGAAUGGGCUAUGAAUAAGGAUGAUCGGAUUGUUGGAAUCUUUCGAUUCGCUUCAUCAACAACUGAACGUAGUGUAGCAGAAUUCUAUGGUGAUAUGGCACCAUCUGACCGUCUUUCAACGCUAAUGGUUUUCAAUUUCGAUAGUCCAUGUAAUGGAGCCAUUCAAUUAUAUUCCACUUCAAACGAUAUUUCCUGCAUAUCAAACUUUGAAGAUGAACGAGAAGUCUUAAUCUUACCUGCUACUCUCUUUCGAGUUUGGAAAAUCGAAAUGGACGAACGUACUGGUCGACAUAUCAUUUAUCUCAAUCAAAUACCAGAUGCCGAAAAUCCCAGAUUGCAUUGUCUCACAAACAUACUUCUUGAAACAUGCAAAAAUCUAACUAAUUGGUUCUCUUUUCUUCGUUGA